UCGGUUCUAUUUCCCUUUGUUUAUUGACUUUGCCUUCCCAAAGGAGCUACCAGCAGUUUUUCCUUACUUUCAGUAGUAAUGGAAGAAAGGGGCCCAGACACCAACAGUCCAAGCCAUGCUUCUGAAAGAAGUGAACCAGUGAGGUCAAGGUGGACUCCUAAGCCUGAGCAGAUCCUCAUACUUGAGUCCAUCUUCAAUAGUGGGAUGGUUAACCCUCCUAAGGAUGAGACUGUGAGAAUAAGGAAGUUGCUUGAGAAAUUCGGUACUGUUGGGGAUGCUAAUGUCUUCUAUUGGUUCCAAAACCGUCGAUCGAGGUCUCGCCGCCGUCAACGGCAGAUGCAAGCUGAGCUUGCCGGUGAUAAUACCAGAAUUCCAAUUGGAGCUAAUACCUCUGGUGCAAUUCAAUAUGAGCUACCCACUUCCUCUGCUGCUGCAUGUUUUCCUACUACUACUUCUUCCUUCUCUGUAUCUCAUACAACUCAUCCUUCUUCUUUUGCUGGUUCUUCUUCUUCAUCAUGUGGAGGUGGGGAUGAUGGUAUUGAUGAUCUCUUUUCCUUCUCUCAUCAAAUGGGUCUUCCAGAGAUAGAGCAAAGCACCGCUGUUACUUCCAUCUUGUGCCCAUCUGAUACCUCCCAUUUGCAGUAUCAAUCUGAGUUCAUAACAGUGUUCAUCAAUGGGAUUCCAACUGAGGUUCCAAGAGGACCACUUGACUUGAAAGCUAUGUUUGGCCAAGAUGUAUUGUUAGUUCACUCCUCCGGCGUCCCUGUUCCUUUCAAUGAAUUUGGAAUUUCAUUGCAGAGCUUGCAGCCUGGUGAAAGCUAUUUCCUGGUCUCAAGAACCAUUUAAAAUAGAAGCUCAAGUUGCAGCAACCAAAAUGGGAGCUUUCUCAAUGCGAAUUCAAGACUCUUUAGAAGUGUAUAUGAUUCUGAUAUAUGCCAAGGAAGCCAACCUGCCUCUCUCAUUUCCAUUUUGUUUUGCUCUUAAUUUGCUUCACCUUUCUCCUUCCUUUUUGUUAUCCAUCUGAUUGUCAGAUUAAGUAAUAAGAUGACUAAAUAUAGAAUCCACAUGAGGAGACUGAAAUCUUGUACUAGCAGCCAGCAAUGAGGGUUAAAUGAAAAUCUAAGAGAUCUUCUUCUUAUGGGUUUUACGUAUUUUGAUAUGUAAUGUCAUGGCAUGGCAUGGUACUGUGUAACUGUGUUUGUUUCUUGGGAACUAAAGAAA